CCUCCAAUUCAAACUUCUUCACUCCCUCUUUCUCUCUGUCUCUCUAUACCAGUCGAUGAUGGGUUCGAUUUCGGCCUCAGUUCCGCUACCGCCAUUGGAGAUGUUCUUCUUCCCCUUUGUCGGAGGCGGCCACCAGAUCCCCAUGGUUGACAUAGCCCGUGUGUUCGCCGCCCACGGGGUCUCCUCCACCAUCCUAGCCGCCCCUUCUGCUGUCCCCGCCUUCCAGAAAUCCAUCGCCGGUGACCAAAGAUCCGGCCGCCUCAUCAGGGUUUACACCCUCCAGUUGCCGGAAAAUGCCCCGUCCCCUGACGCUGACAUGUCUGCUGCCCCUUUCACCGACACCUCGGCCCUCCAGGAGCCGCUUAGGGAGCUCCUGCUCGAGAGGAAACCCCACUGCAUCGUCGUCGACAUGUUCCACCGCUGGUCAGGCGAGGUGAUUGACGCGACCGGUGUGCCGAGAGUCGUGUUCAGCGGGAAUGCUUGCUUCGCUCGGUCUGCGCAGGAGAUGAUGAGGAUCCACAAUCCUCAUGAAGGGUUAAGUUCCGAGUUCGAGCCCUUUGUAAUUCCACGACUUCCCGAUAAGAUCGUAAUGACCCGGUCUCAGCUCCCGCACUUCCACAAAAGCCCUCCCGCUGGAGGAAAUCAGCCUCCGGGCGGCAGAUUGUGGGGACCUGAUAAGAAUCUUUUCGGUGUGGUGGUGAAUAGCUUCUAUGACUUGGAACCGAAAUACGUGGACUUCUUCAGGAAUGAAUUGGGCCACCGGGCAUGGGUUGUGGGACCAGUUUCCCUGUGUAAUCAGGAUGUCAAGGAUAAGGCCGUGAGAGGAAAAGACUCCUCCAUUGAUGAGGAAACCUGCUUGAAAUGGCUCAAUUCGAAGGAGCCCGACUCAGUUCUUUACGUAAGUUUUGGGAGUUUGGCCCGGUUGGCCCCGAUACAGCUCCUGGAAUUGGCUCAUGGGCUCGAGGCUUCAGGCCAAAACUUCAUCUGGGUAGUGGGGAAAAUCUCCGAUUCUGAUGGAAAUGGCGAGAAAUCCGAAGACGGUUCUUGGCUUCCCGAUGGGUUUGAGGAGAGGAUGAGAGAGUCUGAACGGGGUUUGAUUAUCAGGGGAUGGGCCCCGCAGCUGUUGAUCUUGGAGCAUCCUUCCGUGGGGGGAUUCAUGACGCACUGCGGAUGGAACUCGACCCUAGAGGGAGUGAGUUCAGGUGUUCCGAUGAUUACUUAUCCUAUCUCUGCGGAGCAAUUUUUUAAUGAGAAGCUGAUUACUGAUGUCUUGGGGAUUGGGGUUAAAUCCGGGAGUAUCGAGUGGUCGAAGUGGGAUACAGAGCUGAGGGAACCGGUGAGGCGGGAGAAGGUGGAAGCGGCUGUGAGAGCGCUGAUGGCCAGUAGUGCUGAGGCAGCAGAGAUGAGGAGAAGGGCCAAUGAGCUUGGGAAGAAGGCGAGGAGCGCGGUCGAGAAAGGGGGAUCAUCCUAUGCCGAUGUUGAAGCUCUGAUUGAUGAGCUCCGACGUUGCAAAAGGAAUUGAAUUUCAAGAUGGGUAACUAAUUGGUGCAAAAUAUCUGACAAACUCGGAUCUGCUGCAUCUUGGGAACUCACUGAAAUUAAAAUUGAAGAUAUUUACAAAAAAACAGAAGAAAAUUAAGGUUGAAGCAGUAAUAUGUUGUACUGAUAAUGUCACCCUUGUUUCAUUUAGCAGCUUCAUUAAAUGUAAACAUGACAUUUAUCACGUUAAGUUUAUGUAAUCACUAAUCUUCAGAAGAAAAUGUAAUAUGAAGAUCGAAACUUUGUGCAUA